AUGAGUUUAUUUCCGAAUGCCAAAGAAAUUACAGAGUCAUUUGCAGUUUGGUCAGCGUUAAGACAAUUCAUCUUUCCACGAUUGGAACAACAAUUAUCAAUGUCUGAAUCUACCGAUUCAAUUUCAUCGAUGGAUAGUCGCCAAAAUGCAAUUAUUGUUGUUGGAGAUGGUAUGACACCUCGUACAGCUGCUCUGUGCGCAUAUUUAACAAAAGGAUUAUGGCAAUGUUAUAGUAUUGAUCCUAUGCUUCAAUAUGAUACGUAUGCAGAUAUGGUAUUUAUUAAUCGAGGAGGUAUUACAACAGCUGAUCAUUGUAGAGAAUGGAAAUCCAUAAAAGGUUUAAGAAUGGCACGUGCCAAAAUUCAAACAGUAUCUGUACAGUGUCGAAAAGCAAUCGUAGUUAUGAUGCAUGCGCAUGUAACCCUAGAAGAUGCCAUUGUAGCUGUCGAUGCAUCAGAAGGUAUUAUUGGCAUUGUUACAUGCCCAUGCUGUAAAUGGGCUCCUUUUCAACAAGAAUGGCUAGGACAGCCACCACAUCAUAAGUAUACUGAUUUAAGACUAUUAAGUGUCAAGAAUGAAAUGAACGUAUGGUAUUUUCCGCAAGGCUAUAAUAAUAAGUCGACUCUUAUGUCGGUGAAUUCUACCACUAGUGCAAUGGCUGAAGACAAGCGAUUGCCAACGAAACAGAUGACGGAACGUAAUAUAUGGGGAAUAGACAUGAGUAUUACUGACAAUAUAUUCUCCAAUAGAGAUGGAGUAAAACAACGAGCUAUUGAAUUAUGGCCACAAAUAUUUUCAAAUGGCAGUGAAGCAUUCAACACCACUGAAGUAAAUCGAUUAUCAAACACGAUCGCAUGUAACCGAACAACAGAUUCGAAUAUGACUCAAUCUACUAUUGAUGAUUCAGAAACAUGGCCUUGGGCAUCAACAUCAUGGUCACCGAAAGAUAUAUUACCUUUAAUGAAAUCACUUUGUUAUACGUCGACAUCAUUACCAGACGUACGUGACAGUCUGCCAGUUUUACCUUCAUGGUUUGCAAAAUCUGUUUUAGUGGUAGGUACCAUUGCAGCUAUGCGACGAUGCAAACAAACUGUUUUUUACGAAUUGCAUACUUGUACUAUUCCUUCAGAACCACUUGAAGAUAUCCUACGACUUGCGUGUGGUACAUCACCUACGAGCAAUACUACAAUGGAAAAGACACAUGCAUCAGCCGAUACAUUUCCCAUAUUAUUAAAAUCUGCUGAUCGUAUGUGGACGUGCGUAGAAUACCAACGACAUCUUCAAGCUGUUGCUAGUUAUGAUGCGACGAUCGGACGAAAAACAAAAGAUUGUAAUUCGCAAACACAUGCCAAUGAUCUCACAGUACCAUCGAAUACAGAUCGUGUAAACGUAGUACUAUCUUUAUUAUCUUAUGAACGUAGGACUACAGCUGCAAAACAACCUAAAUUGUCUACGGAAACAAACGAAAAUAUUCAAACUGUAGAAACGACUUCUACACUUUUACAAUCUAAAGAUAGCAUUAAAGUAAAAUUAUUUAAUUAUAAUCCACAACCACGCCAAUCUCUAUUUCCUUGGGCUAUGAAUUUACGACCUGGUGAUAUUUUAGUUGCAUAUUGUGAAUUAGGAUGUAACGCAAAGAAAGGACCACAAUUAUGUUUAGUUGACGGUAUUCUACUAUUUGAUAGUAUGUUACAUGUGAUCUGCGCCGAUCGUCGUAUUCUACGGUAG